AUGUCAAUGGAUGAUGGUUCUAUAGUAAAUUCACAGAGAGUUGUUAGUUACUCGGCACUAAAAGGUUAUGCACGUGGAGAAAAUCAGUUCACGAUCAUCGGUGAGAACUUUGCGAAUGUAAAUCUUCUCACGCUCUAUGUCAACAAUGUCCCACACAAUGUUCAUCAACAACUACCAGGUAGCAAAUACGUAUGGAAGUUUGACGAUCCUCGAAAACAACAAUCCUAUUGUUACUUAAGAAUCACGUACAAUGGAAACAAGGUAUUCCCAUUGAAUGGUAUUUCAAUUAAUUAUGAACUAGUCAAACCAAUAAUAUAUUCAAUUUCACCAGAACAAUCGUAUGCUCAGAAUUUAGAAACUCUUACUAUUAAUGGACAAAACUUUAUGAUAAAUGUUGGUAAUGUUGAUUUCCAAGAUCCUAGUCCACCAACUGUUUAUCUAUGUCAGACAGCUCUUGCCAUUGUUAGUUUUACAGAUACUGUCAUUAAAUGUACCAUUCCCAAUCAGGUGGUUGGAAUUAUCGAAUAUUGUCCACUAUCUAUUUCAAUGUAUAGCGGUGUUAAUGUAAUGCAUUCCAUUACAUUUAAAUACUAUCCACAGCCCAUUAUCACUGGUUACAAUCCAGCUAGAGCACUCUCAUCAUUGCCAGUACAUCAACUUAUAUUCGAUGGAGCCAACUUCAUUGAGAAUACAAAUUAUGAUUUCUUUCUAGACAGUCGAUCAUGUAUUGUUGUGAGUCGGACACUAAACCAAAUUGUAUGCCAAUGCCAGUUGCGUUAUGAUAUCCCAAAGGGUGAAACUCAACUUGAAAUCUUGGCAAAUAUUGGAAAUGUGAAUUUUAAUAAUUUAAUUUAUACAAUCUAUAAACCUUUUAUUGAUGAAACAUCUCCAGAGUUUGUAAGAAAUGAUGUUGAUGAUAAAAUAACCGUUAGAGGUAGUAACUUGGGAGAAGCAUCACAUGUUAUGGUUGGAAUGACCAAAUGUAAUAUUCUGAAGAAAUCCGAAAUCAAGAUAGUGUGUACGCUGGAGCCACUCUCUAAGAAACAGCCAGCUGGCGAGUAUCCCGUAGCAGUUGUUGUAAACGGUCUUAGUUUUUCUAAUGAUAUUAUCGAUCCCAUCACAUUCAAAGACGGUCCAGUUCUCAAUUCAAUCUCACCAAACUACAUAUUCAGACUGGGAAUAUGGGAGCUACAAUUGAACGGUUUGCUUUUCUCUGAUAAGGAUGAAGUUUAUAUCAAUGGUUUGAUUGUAGAUGACAUCUACAAGGUUUCUGACAAUUCUUUAUUGAUUACCUAUGACUCUUCACAACCGUAUGCUACUGUUGGAAGUUCAGAUGUAACCGUAUUGUCUGGUAGUGGUGGUUCACCUUCAGCAUCUCUAACUCUUACCGUUGCCAAUCCAGUAAUUGUCUCUGUAACUCCAGAUUUUGGUUAUGUUUACUCAGAAACAAUUGUAACUAUUACCAUUUCGCAACUACCCGUUAUGGAAUAUGACGAUAUAUUCGAAAUUGUUAAAUUCAAGGUUAAGAAUACCUAUUGUAAAGUUCUAUCGAUCGAUCUAGAGACAAAAGAAUUUCAAUGUGCUGUGCAACCAAAUGACAUUCAAUCAGCUGAAACCGUUCCAAUUUUCGUAUCUAUCAAGGGAAUUGACUACCAAACAACUAAAACAUUCCAAUAUCUCGAUUCAACUUUUGGCACAUUGAAUCAACCGGAUUCCUUAAAUCCAGAAGGUGGAGUUUGGCUUGGUGAACAAAUGAUUGCUGCUGACAAGUGUACAAAGGAUGACGGUAAAAUCAAUUGUAUCAUCCCACCAAACAUUCCAGGUGAUUAUCCAAUCAGCUUGGUCUCACUAGAUAGUUUCCAAGUGAAACAUACUUACAAACCUCAGGGCUAUUUAAUUAGUUAUAGCGGUCCUUCUCUCAUUUCCAUCACUCCAAGUCAAGGUUCAAAGAUGAGGAGAGUUCACUUCGUUACACUUACUGGAACUGGUUUUGGAAAUAACAAAGAUGAUAUAUCGAUUGCUGUUCAGGACGGUGCCAACAGAUUGUGUACAAAUGUUUUAAUUUUGGAGAGUGAUACCAAGAUUAGAUGUACCAUUUUGAAGAUCGAGCCAGGAGUUUAUCCAAUUGUUGUUUCAGUCAGAGGUGUGAAAACAAUCAAUGCCGUUACAUUCCGUUCCAAUUCUUUGGCUUGUCUAGGUCCACCUGAAAAAGACAACACAAACAGUCCUGAAUCAAAUGAUCAAUCCUAUUUGUAUAUCGAUUCAACUGGAGACACUCUAAAGAAAUUACCUUAUAUUCAACACACAAAAACUUACACUGAUUUAAAUAUACUCAGUCCAAUAGAGGCAACUUUUAAGCAAUAUUCAGACUACAAAUAUAUGUUUAUAAACGAUCAAAUAGGUACACGUGAUGAUAAGGGAGUAAGAAUCGAUAUUGAUAAGUUAAAAACCGAAGUCUUUGGUCAUAUGAAAUCCUCUGUAAUUUUUGACGACAAUUUCAGUGGACUGCACAUUCAACAUUCCAAUCCAUUGUUUCCAUCGUAUACCACUACCGACAAGUCAGCAUUCAAUGGUCCUGCAGCAGGUGUUAAAUUCCUUGGAUUACCAACCAACAGUCAACAUUUCUUUUGUUAUUCAUUUGACAAUGUUGAAACAGUUGCAGAGUACAUCGUCAAAAAUCAUGGAUUCCUAAUGGAACCAAACGAAAUUCCAGACACUGUCACUCAAACAGACAACCCUUAUCUCUUCAGUUUGAAAAACCCUACCAAUCCAACAUUGAUGGCAACUCUGCGAACCACUUGUGAAAAUAAUAUAAAGAAUCUGUACGAUAUAGAGGGAAUUUGCUAUUGGAAUAGUAAGAAAGUUUCAAUCGGUGGAAUGGAUGCAUUCUAUUUCAUGAAGAUUGGAACUUCAAAUCAUUUAUUUAAGCGAGAUGAGAAGUUUAAAAAACCACUGUCGCCCUAUAUUAUAUCAAAGAGAAAGGAGCCAGGCUACUUGGAUGGAAUCGAUCUUUGGAUGAGAAUCGCUGACUUUUUCAAACAAACCUACUUUGUUCAGAUGUACCAUCAAGAAGUACCAGCAUUCGCGCCAACCAAGCAAGUUUUGAAUGUUGCAAUGAUGGAAUUCCCUCAGAGUUUGUCUCUGAAAGACAAUCAGAAAUACAAGGAUGCAAGGUUUUCAGGUGCAAAAACAGGAGCCGGUAAGGAGCAUUCUAAGCUUGGAUUCCCAAUCUAUCCGAACUAUGGUGUGACUACACCCGAUUCACUGGAUAACUUCUUUUGUGUUGGAGACAACAACCGUCACAAUGGACAAGGUUAUCGUGGUGGAGGAGCGUUAUGCUUCCGUCACCAAACAUUGGUUUAUCAAUUCAACAGAAUGGUUAGAAGCUACGAUACCGAAAUCAAGAAUGGAAUAACAGCGAAUAGUAAUUCUAUUGGUUUAUUUUAUACUAUUGAUCAACCUAUUAAAGUUAGACCUAAGGAUUGGAACAAUGAAAUCAAGAUUGAAGUGAAGGACUACAUUCAAGGCCAAUAUAUAUCGAAAUUCCCACCACAAACACUCAGUGUAUUACCAGCUACAAUCAAUGCAGAUAGAGAUUUGGUGAUAAACUUGAAAUCACUAAGAACUUCAAAGACCUUCACUAAACCCAACGAUGAAACAGUUGAAGUAUCCAUUCCAAACGCUGGACAGAUCAAUCCCAAUCAAUUGGAUAUUACUGACUAUGUUGCCAACGAUCUACUUAGUAUCCACUACAUUGCAUUUGAUCAAGCCAUAGGUUCUGUCUGUGAUUAUUCUGAUCUGCUUUUCGAGUGCACCCAAGACGCAUCUAGAGUAACUUUGAUACAAAUGUUUGCUGACAAACCAUCUGUUGUUUUCCCAGUGAAUUACUUUUUCCCAUACUCUCAAGUACAGUCUUUGAGAAACUACGACUUGCCAAACAAUAUGGAUUUCAAACUUUUGCGAUUCGCCUCUAACUUUAUGACGAAACUACCUAAUGCCAAAAACAACUUUUAUCAAUUCAUGAUUGGUGAAAUGGAAGGUUUCAAGUUCUUACCUCCAUUUAUCAUUAGAUCCUCUCAAGACAUCUGUGAAGAAGAGAUUGCAUAUCUAAUGACAAUUCACUAUAUCUACUAUCAAUCAAUCGAACAAACUACUUUAUAUUCCGUUGGAGAUAAUACACCAAACUGGGCAAAUGGUUUAAUAUUAGCAAUCUCAAAGAAAUUAUAUAAUAAUAUGAAAGGAACUAAUCAACCAAUAUUCGACCAAUGUAUAAGCAAUAUUGUAUCUAAUUUUGAUAAUAUUGAAACUUAUGAAGAUGAUAUUGUAGAUAAUCCAAAUGACGAUAUUCUGAUGAAGCGAAGUGCAGCAGCAGCUUGGGAUUGGAUGAGCACAGAUUCAUAUUCAGAUGGAGAAGGAGAAAGAGUAGAUAAAGUUAAUAUCCUUGAUAUUAUACCGGUUGAAGAGCUCAUUGGUCUGAUGAUUCGUUUAUCUCAAGAUGAUCGAAUCUCUAACUUGGAUGGCCUAUUUUACUAUGUGAAAGAUCAAUAUCGUAGUGAUCUUAACUUUAUUCAUAUUUUGAACAAUCACAAAUUAAUUCAGCCGAAUACCAAUAAUGUUGAUCAAGUGUUUGACAAUCAUUUUUUGAAUAUGAUGAGAAUUCCAAGAUCGAAAUUCAGUAGAGUAGCUACACAACUAUCUUCACAAUCCAACCAGCAAGUAAUCAAAUCAACCAUUUUGGAGAAUGAAAUACUACUCCAGAGUGGAUUACAACAAGUUCUUUCAUUCAACUCUAGUAGUUUAGACAAGUUCAACACCUAUCAAUUACAAAAGUUGGAAAAUUCAAUUGGAAAGUGGUUAAGCAUAGAUCAAACCAGCCAAGCCAUUAAAGUGCUCACAGUUGAUCCUCAACAACAAUUCCAUGACCAACCUAUCAGAUUCUUAGAGGAGCUAAACCGUGAUCAAAUUGGAAAUCCUCUUGAACUUAGAUAUGAAUCAGUAGGAACAACAGGAACCAGAGUUUCAUUGCAAUCACCUAUCUCUAUUGUUUCUAUCACCUAUUUGUUAGAGAGUAUACUCCAAUCAAAAUCAAACAGUAAAUCACAAUAUGGUGAUUUAGAAAUUUACUAUCUUCCAAAACCAAGUGGUUAUAGAGGUGCUAUAUCUUUGGAUUUAACUGGAAUCAUAGUAGCUACAUUGAACUCUCAGUUUUGUGACAUCCAAAUGAUAAGUGAAUCAGAUUACCUAUCUGGUAAUUUUGAUUCGUUGUGCAAUGGAAUCGGUCCAAUUAUCACAUCAGUCAACCAAUUGACAGGCUCGACCAACGGUGGAUAUAUGAUUACAAUUAAUGGAAUUAGAUUCAAUUCAUCAAUGGUAGUUUCUAUUGGUGAAAACCAGUGUGAUUCCACAGAAAUUGUAUCUUCCAAGAUUAUUGUUUGUCAUGUUCCAAAUGGUGUAGGAAAGAGAAAUGAAAUUUUAAUAUCAGAUGAUGAUACUAUCUUUGAUAUUCAACGUUCAAAAUUCAUUUUCUCGUAUGACUCACCAUUGAUACAAGCUGUCCAACCAGUCAUUAGAGGUAUGGGUGAUAUCAUGACCAUAAACGGUUCAAACUUUGGUACCGAUGCUACAAGAGUAAAUAUUAUGAUCGAUGAAAGACUGGAAUGUUGGCCAAUAGUUAGCUUGUCGGUUAACUCGAUCCAAUGUUUGACUCCUGCUGCUAUGGGAGAUCAUCAAACCGUAACAGUCACUGUAGGAGACCAAUCAUCUAGUUUUACCAUUGAUACUCUCGAUUCACAAUCAUUCAGUUUCAGUGGUCCUCAAAUUAUUGGUAUAUCCCCAGAAUCUCGCGAUCCCAAUGAUACCGUUUUCAUUCUUGGUGGAUUUGGAACCAAUGAUGAUGAUGCUGUCGAUCUUCCUUUGUUAUUCUUUGAUGAUAAACUGGUACCAAUUAUCAAUUCCACAGAUGAAAUGAUUGAAUUCCAAUUGGAAUAUGAAACAUCUACAGUGCCAUUGGUUAUCCAGGUAGGAGAUCAAUCUAUUCAAACCGACUUCUCCUAUUACCCUGCAAUUAUAAACCAACUUAAUAAUCAACCAAUUGGUACAACCGGUGGUGUCAUCGAGAUUGACGGAGCUGGAUUCGGCAAUACUUUUGACAAUGUUAAAAUCAAGCUCAACAACUCCACUGAAAUCCAAUGUAGCUCUUUUGAUCAUUUCCUCGAAUGCAGUAUUCCUCCAGGUAUAGGAUCAAACAUCUCCAUCUCUGUACAGGUAUCAAAUCAAACAAUCCAAUUUUCCGAGAAUACCACCUUUUCAUAUUUGGCACCUUCUAUUACCAAUUACUAUAUUCAAAGCAACAAUGUUUAUAUCAUGGGAUCAAACUUUGUUCCAGUAGAAUAUGGUAUUUCAUUCGAUACAGAUACAUAUAUCAAACUUAUAUCUAAUGGUCAGAGUUCGAUAUGUACAUCAUUUGAAUCAAGUCAGAUUGCAGUGUGUCCACUAUUGAACCAACCACUUCAAUCAAUUCAACUAUUUGUUGCUGGUCAACAAUCAAAUAUUUACACAAUAUAUGAUUUUGUUGAACAUCAAAGAGAGAUCCCCCUUACAUAUUGGAUCUCAUUCAAUGAUUAUGGAAAUACUGAAGAGGAAUUAGAAGAGAACCAAAUCCAAGAGCCAGCAGCCGAAGUUUUCGAAUCAUUUGCUAUUCUCGAACCGUCUGAAUUUGAGACAAAUGAAUAUUUGGUUCUGGCAUUCGCCAGUGGUACCGUCCACCUGUCGAGGUGGAUACGAGAUGCAGCAUGUUGCGUGUAUUUUUCGAAACCAUCCUCCAUAUCACAAUCUCUUGGAAGUGCUGUGAAAAGGGUGAGAUCAGGCUUUUCCACCGUUGCUGGAUUCAUUGAAAUCCCUCUUCAGUCGAUGGCAUCCCUCGAUGUGACUCCUCUUGCAAUAAAAAUUGCUGCAUUCCCAAUGAAAUUAGUUAAUUUAUGUCUAUUUAUUCGAAACAACAAUAAAGAGAUAUUGUUAGGAUUAAAGAAGCGAGGGUUCGGUGUUGGAAAAUGGGACGGUUGUGGUGGCAAAGUUGAGCCAAAUGAAUCUGUUGAAGAGGGAGCUAUCAGAGAGGCAAAAGAAGAGUUUGGUUUAACACCGACUACUAUCUAUAGUAAUCCGAAAUACGUAGGAGGCCCAAUGGAACAUCUAGAGAAUCAUGUAUUUAUCGUAACUGAUUGGUCAGGUGAACUUGUAGAAACCGAUGAAAUGCAACCGAAAUGGUUUGAUUUGGAGAGAGAAGGAAUGCCAUUCAAGUCGAUGUGGCCUGACUUUGAGAUAUGGUUUAACUAUCUAAAAGAUAAUCAUUUCAAAGCAAAGCUAGACUUUGAUUUUCACUUUGAUGAGAAAGAUAACAUAGAAUCAUAUCAAAACAAUUCAUCACCAAAUUUAUAA